CCUGAACCUGUUCUUCAAUAGCAUGACAGAAUCAAAGAAACGACGAAUCAUUGAAGAGGAAGAAGAAGAAGAAAUUCAUGCAGGACAUCAGGCACGAAAUGGAGGAGCCAAGGCUCUAAAAUUAGCAAAGAACAAGAGAUCGAAGCAUGAAGAAUCUGAGGAAGAACGAGAACAAACCAUAGACGAGGAUGAAGAGGAAACCUCGUUUCGUGAAGAACCUGAAGGUGAAGGUUGGGUCAAUGAUGAUGAACAGGAAAGAGGUCUACCUGCUGUAGUGGAUGAUGUGACCUGGAGACAGCGCGCGGACCUUGAGUUCGAGAAAUCGAAAUCACAGCGUGGCCGCCAAGGGACGGUCGCAGAAAUGGGUGUCAUUGAAAUAAUUGAAAUGUUUGACUUCAUGUGUCACCGACACCUCAAAGUUCCCUUUGGACCGAAGAUCAAUUUCAUCAUCGGACACAACGGAAGUGGAAAGAGCGCUAUUUUAACCGCGAUCAUGGUCUGCUUGGGUGGGAAGGCAAACGCCACAAACCGUGCCCAGAGUCUCAAAGCUCUUAUUCGAGAGGGGGCUAGUCAGACGGAGGUUAGGCUGCAAUUGCGUAAUAGAGGACCUGAUGCAUUCAAACCAGAGAUCUAUGGAGAGAGUAUCAUCAUUGAGCGUCGCAUAUCUAAGGAUGGUGCCUCUGGGUAUAAGAUCAAAUCAUCCAAAGGAAAGACGAUUUCAACGAAACGAGAUGAACUUGCGGCUAUGUGCGAUCACAUGAACAUUCAGGUUGACAAUCCCAUGAACGUCCUUUCUCAGGAUACUGCCCGUCAGUUUUUGCAGUCUUCGACAGGCGAGGAAAAGUACAAGUUCUUUUCUCGAGGAACUCAGCUCACUCAACUCAGUAUUGACUAUGAGAUUAUUCGUGAGUGCAUUGAUACUAUGCAAAGUACUCUCAAGACUAAGACCGAAAUCUUACCAGAAUUAUAUGAGAUGGCUAAAGCAGCACAGGCUCGCUUCAAGGACAGUCAACAGGCUGCUACACUUGAGCUCAAGGUCGAGGAUCUUAAGAACCAGGUUGCUUGGGCUCAGAUUGAGGAACUAGAGAAGGGAGUGAAACAGAUGGAGAAAGAGCUCAAUACGCUGAUGGCCAAAAUUCCAGCCAUCGAAAAAAAGCAUGCACAAGAGCAGGCGAUAAUUACGGAAAUUGACAGGAAAAUCCAAGAGCUAGAAAGCAAUGCAGAUGAACAUGCUAGUUCGAAUGCGCCAACACAUGAGCGGAAGAAACAGCUGGAACAGGAAUUGCGGGCGAAACGCGACGAGCUAAAGGGAUAUCAAGAUGAAGAGAGGACAGUAAACGAGGAGAUUAAGUCAUUGAAGGAGCAAAUCCGGAAUUUUGACCAAAAGAUUGAGCAAGAAAUGAAAAAGAUUCAGAAACAGUCGCGUCGUGCUGAGGUUGAGGGCAAGAUCCAACUGUUAACUGAGCAGAUUGAAGCUAGCAAAAGGCAGUUGGCGGAGACGAGAGAAAACUAUUCAGUUUUGGAUCAGCAGGUUCAACAGAGCAACGAGCGUUUGGAACAGAGCAACGGCGCUGCAAAAAAAAUUAAGAUGGAUCUCAACGAGGCAAAGGAUCGUAUCAGACAAAUCAAUGAUCAAAAGCAAAAUUCUUUGAAGGCCUUUGGUUCAACGGUUCCUGAAGUGCUAGAGUCGAUCCAGGAGGUCACAAGAAGGGGAGGGUGGAGGGGAGAGCCGCCUGUAGGACCAUUAGGUCAUCACGUCAAACUUCGUGAUCAACAAUGGGCACCCACUAUAGAGUCCGCACUCGGAAAUGUGCUGAAUGCGUUCGCUGUCACUACUGAUGCUGAUAGAAAUACAUUGUUUGGCAUUCUCAAAAGACACAGAUGUAAUUCGGAUAUCCUGCUCACAAGGAAAAUCAUUUUUGAUUACAGUGAUAAAGAACCAUCGAGCAGGUUUUUGACUAUUAAUCGAGUACUGGAGUUUGAUAAUGAAUGGGUGCGCCGAUUGUUGAUCGAUAAAAAUGGGAUUGAAUCAACCAUUCUGAUCGAGAAACGUGAGGAUGCUGACCGUGUAACGAGUUCAGGACCACAUGGAGGUUUCCCAGACAAAGUCACUCAAUGUUUUACCAUGAAUUUGAUGCGUGUCGGAGAUCGCCAGGGUGGUGCUGCCAGUAUUAUGAUGGCCAAAUACCGUGGACCACCUCGGUUGAGUCAAAAUGUGGAUCAGGAGCUUCAGGAACACGAGGGCACCAUUCGUCGACUGGAAGAUUCCCUUCGAUAUCGCAUUCGAGAGAGUCAAGAACUUUUGAGUGAUGUGGAAAACAAGGAUCGCGAAAGAAUUCAGGCUAAAAGACAAUUAUCCACCUUGGAAAAGGAAAUCCGGCUGAAAACAAGAGCAAUUGAAGAUUUACGCGACAGUUUACAAGAGGAUGAACCAGCUAAUAUUCAAGCGUAUGAAGAGUCGAAGCAGCAAGCUUUGGAGCGAAUCGAGGCUAUGAAGACGCAAUAUGAGCCCAUCGCGCUACAUAAGCAAGCUAUCACUGAGUCUAUGGAGCCCAUCAGACAGCAGGUGAUGGAGUUGAAUGAGCUGAUCAGAAAUCAUGAAUCUAAGGCAUCAAAGAUACGAAAUGAGCUGGAUAAACUAGCUAUGGAAAAAGAAGAGUACCUACGUCGAAUCGAACACUGGGAUAAAAAACUUCGUGAAGGAAGCGAGGCGGUUCGUAUCGCCGAAAUAGAGCUUCAGAAUAAGAGCAAAAACUUGGAGGUGUCGACUGAGAAAGCAAGACGGUACUGUGAACGAGUGAAAGUGACUAAUACGAUACCCCAAUUGGAACGUGAGAUUAAGAGUCUUCAGGAGCGUCUUAAGGAGCAAGAAGCCCAGCGCGGCUGUACACUGGAGGAGAUUGCGAUCGAUAUGAAGCGCAAGCAGGAUGAAUAUAAAUCCGCCAAACUUGCUAUUCACCAGUUGGCACAACUUGUUUCGCACUUGAAAUCGACACUUCAUCAACGUCUGUCACGUUGGCGUGAGUUUCGGUCACAGAUGUCACUACGAUCCAAGAUCAACUUUUCUCUGCAGCUUUCGCAGCGAGGGUAUUCUGGUGACCUUGAGUUCCACCACCAGGAAAAGUCACUUACUAUUCGUGUUGAAACGGAGGAUCAACGAUCAGGCAAGGCAGGUAUUGCAAGAGAUAAGGAUCCAAAGUCACUUUCGGGUGGAGAGAAAUCCUUUUCGACCAUUUGCUUACUUUUGGCCCUCUGGGACUCAAUGUCAAGCUCGAUUCGAUGCUUGGAUGAGUUUGACGUAUUUAUGGAUGCAGUGAACCGUCGUAUCAGUAUGAAGAUGCUGAUUGAUACAGCUCGCGAAUCGGAUGGGGUGCAGUACAUCUUGAUUACACCACAAGAUGCUAGCAGCGUAUCGCCAGGGCCCGAUGUGCGGGUUCAUCGGUUGCAUGAUCCAGAGCGUAACCAACAGACGAUAAUGUAGCGUUGUUUUCCCGAUACACUAAAACUAUUUGUACUUGUAGUCUCGUAGUAAAUCUCCCCUUGUUAAUUUUGUUUGUAUUUCUAAUUUGGACAACGUGUGGUUCCUCAUGUUUUCUGAAUGUGCCUUUAAAAAAAAAGGUGAGCAGACCCUGAAUAUCAGAUAAAUCAGAGCGAGUCCACGGGUACAAAAGGAAAAAAA